AUGCAAGCAAUGAAAGGACUAUGCAGAUACAUUCUAUUCUCCUACAUCCUUAUGAAGGUUAGUGCUUCUGUGCAUAUUCCGGGCACAGGGAAAAACAUGGAAAAAACAUACUUUUCCACUGUAUUUGACCUAAUGGAAAACAAGCUUGAAAGUAUAUUUUCUCUUGAGUGCAACAAAAGCAUGCUGAAACAAUGGAUUAAUCUUGGAAAGAGGUCAAAUUAUAUUGACGGUCUUGUAUUGAAUCAUGAGCUCUUCAUGAAAAACAAGAUAAAAACAGAGAGCGGCCUGCUUUCCUUCCAAACCCCAGCCAGCCUAAAAAAUACUACCAAAGAAUCAGGCAAAUUACCUUUCCUAUUAGAAAGCAAAAAGCCCAGAUCAGUUGAAGAAGAAAAUAUACAGAUCCAUAACAGAUGGGUCUCCAGUAUGAGGGUUAAAACAGAAGAGAACUACAAAAUAAGGCAUGCAGCUUUUCUUAAUGAAGGGCUACGCCUGGUUAUUCUAGACUUAUACUAUGAUGAAAUGCUCAAAGCCCAAAGUCUUUCAACUCAGUCUUCUGAUACCUAUAACAAGAAAGAUUAUGAAAAGAAAUACAAAAACAAGCUAAACACUGUAUACGAAAAAAUGGUUCCAAUGACUACAAAAGCUUUUCUUUCAACAAUUGGAGGGCUUCCAUUGGCAUUGCUAAAGGAAAAAGCACAUAGUAUGAUUGAUAAUAUACUAUGCGGGCUUCUAGUGGCAGGAGGUACAGAAUUUAAAUAUAGGAAAGAUAUGUUUGAGAUUCUCAAUAUUGAUCUGAAAUCUAACCAUGCUUAUUUCCUUGAGAAUACAGUUAUUACAGAGAGUUUGAUUGAUGCAGCACUAGAAUAUGUUAACUCAAUUCUGAAAAGAGAUCUUUUAUCCGAUACUGACAAGAUAAGUACUAUGGAAGUAUCAGACAAUCUGAUUAAGCUGCUUGGCCUCUAUAAGAUAGCUAAUCUAGGCGAGACAGAUGCCUUUUCUAGCAUCCAUAUCCAGAGGGCCAUUCAAUCCCUAUGUCUAAAAUCCAGUCAGCUAAUUGUUACUAACAACUACUACAAAAUGUCAUGUGAUAUGGACAAAGAUCUAUUUAAUGGACUUGCUGUUAUCAAACAGAAACCAUUCAAUAGGCCAACGACCCAUGGAGAUGUCAGCGAAAGAAUUGAUAGUUCAAUAGAACUGACUAGCAACUGUGGAACUACCAUUUCAUUCCCUAAACUAGUAAAUGGAAGGAUUGUACAUCAUGUGUCUACCCCAGAUUUCAUGCGUUACCAUAGGCAUGCUAUUGGACUAGAAAAAGCGCUAUGCUUCCUAUUUGCUGAGCCAAUUAAAACAGGGUGGGGUGUAGAAUUCAAUGAUUUCAUGUUUUCAGCCAUAGUUGCUCCCAUUCUAGAACAAAACACCUUCCACUUAAAGUAUAACCAAAGUACUGUAACCAUCACGCCAAUUCCCACCAGCAUGUUAAUUGAGGAAGAAAAUCAUACCCAGCAGAAACCUAAUGAACUCAAUAUAAACAUGGUAUAUAAAAAUAUACUCUCCCCAGGCAAUGAAUACACUCUGUAUAAACACUCACUUAUAAAACAAGAAAAUGAAGAGUCAUUUUUGAUCAAAUCCCAAACAGAAAAGAUCAAUCACAAUGCUGCAUACACUGGAUCAAAUGAGAGUAACUUACUAAGCGAACUGAUUCAGGGUAAAGAAAGAGCAUUAGAAAUUUGUUUGGAUGGAAUAGAAAAAUGCAAAAGAAGUAACGAUAAAACUAUCCUCAAUAUGUCCGUGUUAGUGUUUAUAGAUCGUAUAUUUAAGAUAGUUUUCAAUCCUAGUUUUAGAAAAUACGAUUGCGCCGAGUCAGAAUAUACAUGCCAUAAGCUCAAUAUAGCUUUCCGAAUGCUAAUUGGAAUUAAAAAUGCUUUUGAAGAGAUUUACAAUGAUGAUAUCACUCUUGUUGACAUCAACAAAGCAUACCUCAGUAUCAUGAAAUCUUAUAUGAAUGCGAGAAGUUGUGAUAUCAUACUUAAUCAUUUGAAGGAUGCUCUAUCAUAUGAUGAUUAUAGAUCUAUGCAGAAUUACUCAAAGAUGAACAGUAUGGUCUCUGAGAGUUACAACAAAAAGAAUACCAACUACCUAUUUUCUCAAUAUAAUCAGCUAGUUAAUAUUCUUAACUCUAAAAUUCACGGUUUUAGAAUGCCCUCUGAUUCUCAAUAUAAUAGCAAUAUCACAUUUAUAGAUCUAUCAAAACUAUUCCAGAAGAAUGUGAAUAAUGACCCACUGAAUGACAGUUCUCAUGUUUCUACCCCAUCCUUCGCAGUAUCAGUAGAUAGGUCUCUUAUUCCACUUAUACCUCUGCUUGAAGGCAUAAUAGAUGUGGCAGUUGUAGAAUAA